GACAAGAGAAUCGCGUGUCGGUGUUAGACCGUAAAGGGUUUUGAUCGCAAGAAUCGUCAACUUUCCUCGGCCACUUCAACUAUUAGUAUUACUGCGACUACUGCUACGCAGGGUCAUGAAUGUUUCAUGUCGUCGUAAACGGUUUUGAAUCUCGACGAAUGGCAAUGAAUCGUUUGAGGGGAUCUCCAUGUAUUAUCGUACUCCUCUUUUACUUCACAUGUUUGUGGACAGAUGUCGUUGCAAUGUGUCCCGUUAAGUGUAACUGUGAUGAUGAGAAUUUGCGAGUUGAAUGUGAAUUUGCAAAUCUUGAUGUCGUACCGAUAACUCUGAAUCCUGAACUUCGUGAGUUAGUUUUAAAAAAUAACCAUAUAAAAAGCAUUAUGGCUUCAUUCGGUGUCUAUCACAAUCUUGAAUACCUGGAUGUUUCGCAUAAUCAGUUGAUAACAAUCGGUAAAAACAAUUUUCAAAAGCAAAGCCAUUUAAAUUACCUUCUAUUGAGCAGAAAUAUGAUUUCAUCCAUUCAAAACGAAACGUUUUUAGGUUUAGAGAAAUUAACAGUUCUUCAUAUGAAUGAGAAUUUCUUACAAGAAAUCCCACCAAAUGUGUUUAGUAUCCUUCCGAGCCUGGAAAAUUUGGACCUUUCACAAAAUAGAAUUUUCUUUAUCUCUGAUGCUGCAUUUGUUGGUCUGAACAGUUUGAGGGUUCUUUCUUUGAGAGAUAAUAAAAUUACAAGCAUUCCAGUACUUGCAUUCCAUAACUUACCUACGCUAUUAAAGCUAGAUAUUGGUCUGAACUCACUUAGAAAAGUACCAGAAGAAGGCUUUUCAUCUCUUAGGCAGUUAGAAGAAUUAUCGCUUGAUGGUUGUGGUAUAGAAACGAUAGAACUUGGAGCCUUUAGAUGGCUGAACUCGCUACUCGUACUUCGACUCCAGGACAAUGACCUUGACGAAAUCCCAACCACUACAUUGUUUGAUGUAAGACGUUUGGAAGAAAUUAACAUUGGACAAAAUAAUUUCUUUGAGUUAAAGCCAUUGAGCUUCAAAAGAUUAAAAUAUCUUCGUGUUAUUGAGAUAAGUGGAGGUCGAAAGUUCUUAAGGAUCCAAAAUGGUGCUUUUGCAGAUAACAAUAACUUGCAGAAACUGGUAUUAAACCACAAUAAAAUAUUUAAAGAAAUUGAUCUUCAAACUUUUGAUAACUUGCCUAAUCUGAAAAUGUUAAGUUUGAGAGGCAAUGCAUUUACCACAUUUCACUAUGAUCUGCUUCCUUGGGAUGAGUUAGAUGUUUUUGAUGUUAGAGAUAAUCCUCUUAUCUGCGAUUGUGAGCUGAAAUGGUUAUGUAAUCUUUUAAAGAAAAAUAAUUUCACGUCAGUUUCUCCAAAUGACGAUCUGACCGAAGUACGCUGUGCCAGUCCCCCGGCCAUGGAAAAUGCGCUUCUUACACAGGUUACUGAGGAAGAUCUGGGUUGUUUCUUAGAAAACAGACGACGUAAGAUUAUUAUUGGCGUUGUGGUAGCAGCCGUCCUUACAGUUAGUGCUCUCGUAUUACUGGGAAUUCGUUACAGAGAAAAUAUUUCUCGCGCAUUCAAGAAGAAAUGGAUAUCGAGAAGAAAAGACCCUCAGUAUCAGAAAACUACGUGUGUCGAGGAAGAACAUAAUAUUCUUCAUGCAGCAGCCCAACAAUCUUUGAAGAUGGCGCCAGUUACCGAAUUAUGAAUAUAUAUUUUUUUUUUUACUGAAAACGUCGUUUGUCGAUAAUUUAAUCGCAUAAAGUAAUUAAUUAUGAGGUAAAUUUGACAUAACACGGUAUGAAAUAUAAUAUUUACCCUUUGAUCAAUAGACCAAUAUUUCCCGUCGAGAUAGAAUCCGACGAGGUUCCUAACAACUCCUUAUAUGUGGUUCAAUACUAUCAAGCGAAAAUAUACAUUCAUAUAUGAUUAAAAGAUAGCACUAAAAUGUUCGUGGUUGUUCUGGCUAAAAUUUACUAUAAUAUUUUGUAUACAUUGUUCUGUCCAAUUGUUGAUAAUUGUCUACCUUAACAUUUAAUAAGUUAAAUGCUUCUAAGGUUGAAAGGCAGGAAUAUAUUUUAUAAUAAGUCCCGUAGUUGAACAACAUGAUUAUUAAUUUAUAAUAUAAAAAAAAUCUAAAACCAAAAAAAAUCUGAUUAAAGCAAAAGAACU